AAAAAAGUCUUCCAUAAAAGUAGCUGCUGGGCGGGCAGGUCGCAAUGCAUGCCGGUCCGUUUUAGGAACGAGCACAGGACUCUAUAGGCGGGCCAAUAGGAAGCCAAUAUUCUAUCCUGGUCACUUUUCUGUUACUUGUGCCAUUAUAACUACAGGGACUCCAGUUGUCAAGAUUGUGAGUGUUAGUCAAUUCAAGGAAAUAUUAAAUUAUUGUUAGUGCUUCUCCUUCAAACUUCCGAGUCAUCUGGUUCAUAAUUAAAGAAAAUCUACAAAAAUGACAGACCGAAAGGCAGUUAUCAAAAAUGCUGAUAUGUCAGAGGAAAUGCAGCAAGACGCAGUUGACUGUGCGACGCAAGCACUGGACAAGUAUAAUAUAGAAAAGGACAUUGCAGCGUAUAUUAAGAAGGAAUUUGAUAAGAAGUACAACCCAACUUGGCAUUGUAUCGUUGGAAGAAACUUUGGCAGUUACGUGACUCACGAAACCCGCCAUUUUAUUUAUUUCUAUCUGGGUCAGGUCGCUAUUCUCCUCUUCAAGAGCGGCUAACCUAGCGGCCGUCGAUCACAACGGAGACCUUCCAUUUAUUAUCCUUACUCCUACUCCUAUUCUAACUUCCAAUGUAAAUCCCGACAACUCACAACAGUUUCUUUCUCUGUAGCUGUACAACUGGUCUCCUUCAAUCUUCAACUUUAAUAUAUUUAAAUAAUAGCGUCGUCACUAAAAAUAUAUUGAUGUAAUCAUUUGUUAUUUUUUGUCUUUUUAUAUUUUAUUUUCUAAUUUUUUUUUUUUUUCUCCUUAAAUAUGUUGAUAAAAUUGCAUUUUUAUAUUCUGUACCUGAGAGUCUUUGAGACUAUUGUAGCUGCUAACAGGUCGCAGGAAUAAGAAAAGAAGAAAUUUUGGUUGGCUGCAAACGCAUAACGGCUUCAAUCACGUAAUGUCUAAAUAUUUAGAAUCAAAACUUGCCAAUCGACGAUUACCAAAGAAGCUAUUAUGUCAAGCACUCACGUAUCUGCCCAUGCUUAUUUCUUUUCUUAUUCAGCUCAAGUUGACUUUAUGUACUUAAAUUAAUAAAUACUUUGUGCUGUUUUUAAAUCGGCUUAAAUAAAUCGCCUUUGAGGUACAGAAAUAUGUAGAUAAAUAUGUCUAAAUGUGAGUACAACUUUUGCACUAUCUAAUACAAGCAAGUUUUAACUUUAAUGUAUGUGAAUAUUUAUAAAAAAAAAAAAAUGUCCAUGAUACGACUUUCUCUUGUGAUGCACUUUAGUUUAUUUAAUACACAGUGUAUUUUUUAAUUAUUAUUGGCAGAUGUACAUUAAAAGAAGUGAUAAUUAUUAUUAGUUGUAUAGGAAGUCAAAGGUGUUGACGAAAAGGGAAUAUAUUAUUACAUUCCUAUCUCUCAUGUGUUUUUAAAAUAUUUGUUCCCACCUGUUGUAGGUUAUAAUUAUUUUUUAAAUGGUUUAUCCGCUUGUUUUAUUUUCUUCGAGAUUUUUAACUCGAAAUGAUCUAAUUGUUAAUGUAUUAUUUAUGUAAAGAUUUAUAAUAUUUUGUUGUAUUAAUUUUGAGUCCAUUGUUCAUUUUUUAUUAGAUUUAUUUUGUAGAUGUAUUACAUUAGGGUGUACAAAAUAUAAAGAAAAAAAAAGAAAAUAAUAGCUAUUUACACUGCUAUUUAACAACAUGACGAUAUAUAUUUUUAUGUAUCGUGUAUCUGUUUCACUAAAUUAAAUGUUAAUUAAUCUAUAA